AUCUAAGUGCGCACAAAGUCACUGCAAGAGGUCUCCCUAGCCUUAGAACGGAGUAUAAUUCAUUCACCGGCCUAAUUCUCACGACAUCCGCGCCAAAGACAAAGAAGAAGCUCACGCGCCUCUUUGGUGGCUGCGCGAGGCAAGAAGGACAGACCACAGACGUGCCAGCCAUGGACAACGCUCCUCAGGCGAUCACCUUGCUGGGCUGCCACAUCUUCCGCAACCUGUUCACCCAGUGCCCCAACGAUAACGUGCUGGUGUCGCCGCACGCCGCCAUGAUCGUGGUGUCGCUGCUCAUGGCCGGCUCUCAGCGCACGACCGAGCGCGAGAUGGCCGAGGCGCUCAAGGUGAAGCUGCCACAGUUCCACACGUCCAUGCGGCGCAUCCUGGUGUUCGCACCGUUCGGGAACUCGCCGGCACCAGAGGACGAGGACACCGCUUUCAGGAUGGCCAACCGGAUCCUCGUAAACAGCAGCCUUCCGCUGAGCGACUCGUUCCGCAAGAUCGGCCAGCGCGUCUAUCGAACGCUGGUGUCGUCGGCCAACCUGGCACGCCGCAGCGCCGAGGAACGCCGGCUCGUCAACACCUGGGCCGAGGCCAUCACGGGCAUCAAGCAGGUGAUCCCUCCAGACUGCCCACUGGACGGCGACAGCCGCAUCGUGCUCGUAAGCUCGGCCACGCUGGACACGCUGUGGAAGUUGCCGUUCCCCAAGAUCCCGACGAUGCGGCGUCCCUUCGGCAGCUGGACGGCCGUGCCCACGAUGGGACAGACGGCCAUGGUCGGCUACGCCUGCAUCCAGGAGCUGGGCCUGCGCGCCGUCGAGCUGCCUUUCUCGAGCGACUCCUACUCGGCCACCAUCAUUAUGCCAACGGGAAAGUUCGACGAGCUCUGCGUCAAUCUUACGCCUGAGGUGCUGAACCGUGUGUUCGAGGCAGUGAAGGAGCGCCAGAAGGUGAGGAUCGAGCUGCCGCGUUUCUCGGCCACCUUCGAGGCCGAGCUCACUGACGUCCUGCAGAAGCUCGGCAUCCGCGAGGCCUUUACGGAUGAGGCCAAUUUCAGGACGGUGACGACGGCGACGCCGGUGAGCCUGACGUGGGUGUUGCACAAGGUGCAGGUGGGCGUGCACGAGGGCGUCACGCCCACGUUGCCGCAGCUGCAGGAGUCCGAGGAGCCCUCGUCGGCGCCCGCUCCCGACGUAGUCGAGUUCCUCGUCAACCAGCCGUUCGUGCUGUGCGUCCGCAAGGGGGACAUCCUCGUGCUGCUCGCCAGCAUACAGAGGGUGCACGUGCCCUGACCCGCUCCCGGACAACGAGGCUGAGAG